AUGAAGUGUUCCGUCUGCUGUAAGUUUGCUCCUAACACCAAGUCUCCCUUUGGCGGUGCUGGAGUCGGUGCAAGGGAUUUUCAGAAGUCGGCGUGCCGCAACCAUGACCAGUCCAAGGUGCACCUCGCGGCCAUGGAAGCUGAACGACUCUCUGAAGGCACGGAGGUGAGGCAGCGCAGCCUCUUGAAUAUGCUCAGCAGCGAUCCUGUCAUGGCGAGGGUCGUCAAAUGCAUGCAAGGAGCUCACUGGAUUGCGCGGAACGAUGCAUCUAUCGCGCUCUACCCCAUGCUGGUGCGGUUCAUGGCGGAGCAAGGAUGCCCCGACAUGAUGACCGACGAAUCAUACGCCUUCGGCGAGUUCGUAGAGGCUAUGGCGGAGCAUCUGGUGGCCAAGCAGCUCGAGGACAUCAAAGAGUCGGCCUGGUACAGCCUCUCCUUCGAUGAAUCCACGGAUCGUGCGCGUGGAAAGCAUCUCAUCGUGUAUGUCACGUUUGAGAGAGCUGAGGCCGUGGUGUCCCAGUUUCUUGCUCUCCUGUCGCUCGAACGUUGCGACGCCGCAGCACUGCACGACACGAUCGUGAAGUGUUUGUGGUCGAAGGACAUGUCGCUGGACAAGCUUGUUGGGGUGUCAACGGAUGGUGCAUCCGUGAUGACUGGCGCGAAGAACGGCGUUGUCGCCAUGCUUCGGAAACGUUGCCCGUGGCUGGUGGCGAUUCACUGCGUGGCGCAUCGCGAGGCAUUGGCUGCCAAGGAUGCCGCGAAGAGCUUCAAGGAGUUCAACGUCGUAGAUCAGAUGAUACGCCAGACUGCAGAGCGUCUCGGGCGUUCAUCGACCGAUCACAAGACCUACAUGCAUCUCCAGGACGUCAUUCUGCAGACGCACCUGGAGGUGCAAGGCUUCUGCACCGUCCGUUGGUUGUCUCGCGGGGAUGCUGUGAGUCGCUUCUGUGAUGUGCUGCCGGUGCUGAUGUGGAUGUGGACGAAGGAGAAGGGCGAGACGGAGAAACUCGCUACCAGCUUCAAGUUCCACUACAUGCUGUAUCUCCUGGCUGACGUGCUGGCGCUGCUCAACGGACUCAAUCUGUCAUUCCAGAAGCAGACGGUCGACAUUACAGAGGUGAAGAACCAUGUCGACAAGGUGAAGACCAAGCUGUCGCAGUUUUACGUCGAGCCCGGCGCAUCCAACGGGCCGAACACCUCUCGCCUGAACAAGUUCCUUGCUGCACACGGCAGCAAGGACAAGCGCAAGAUGGAGCUCAAGGGAGUGGACGAGAACGGCAAGCAUGCAAAAGCCGAGAUCGAGCUUCACGAGGACAUCAUCGACCCUGAAAACCCUGGGGGGGGAUGCGACUUGGAGGCCUGCGUGGACCUGGCGAGGCGUUUCGCUCAGCGCCUGAUUAAGGCGCUGGGGAAGAGGAUGGCGGAUCUGCGUCAUUUCGAUGGUGUUGGUUUUUUCUCCCCUGAUAAGUAUCCCGACCGUGCAGGAGAGCAGGACGCGUGGGUGAAGCUCCAUCUCUCCGAGCUCCUUGACAUGUUCAAGAACAAGCUACCUGCUCUUCCUCACCGUCGCCCGAGCUCUUCCUCACCGGCGCCCGAGCUCUUCCUCACCGUCGCCCGAGCUCUUCCUCACCGUCGCCCGAGCUCUUCCUCACCGUCGCCCGAGCUCUUCCUCACCGUCGCCCGAGCUCUUCCUCACCGUCGCCCGAGCUCUUCCUCACCGUCGCCCGAGCUCUUCCUCACCGUCGCCCGAGCUCUUCCUCACCGUCGCCCGAGCUCUUCCUCACCGUCGCCCGAGCUCUUCCUCACCGUCGCCCGAGCUCUUCCUCACCGUCGCCCGAGCUCUUCCUCACCGUCGCCCGAGCUCUUCCUCACCGUCGCCCGAGCUCUUCCUCACCGUCGCCCGAGCUCUUCCUCACCGUCGCCCGAGCUCUUCCUCACCGUCGCCCGAGCUCUUCCUCACCGUCGCCCGAGCUCUUCCUCACCGUCGCCCGAGCUCUUCCUCACCGUCGCCCGAGCUCUUCCUCACCGUCGCCCGAGCUCUUCCUCACCGUCGCCCGAGCUCUUCCUCACCGUCGCCCGAGCUCUUCCUCACCGUCGCCCGAGCUCUUCCUCACCGUCGCCCGAGCUCUUCCUCACCGUCGCCCGAGCUCUUCCUCACCGUCGCCCGAGCUCUUCUCCGUCGCCGAGCUCUUCCACCACCGCUCACGCUUCCCCUUACCGCCGCUCACGCUUCCUCCUGCCUUCACCAACGCUUCCCCACAUCGUCGCUCACCCCUUCCUUCCCCCACCUUCCCUCACGCUUCCCCGCUCAUCGCCUACGGUUCCUCCCACCGUCACUCACGCUUCCCCCCACCGUCGCUCACGCUUCCCCCCACCGUCGCCCACGCUUUCCCCCAACGUCGCCCACGCUUCCCCCCACAUCGCCCACGCUUCCCCCCACCGUCGCCCACGCUUCCCCCCACCGUCGCCCACGCUUCCCCUCUCAUCGUCCUCCCUGUCGCCUGAAAAUGAGCCUCCCCGCCGACCUCCCUUCUCUCCCACCUCUCUCCACGUCGUCAUCAGUUCCCUGCCUAUCACGUUCCACCUCUUCAUCACCAUUGCUUCUCCACCCACGCCGCCCACCCUCUCAUCCGUCUCGAGCGCUGGGGAUGGGGUCGUGACUCGAUCGCGGUGGGAUGUCACAGGGUGCAUCAGCAGCACCCACCCUUCUCUCUCUUGCACCAACCCCGCACGCAUGGCAGGUGCUGCUGCGGCUUUGGAGCAGAGCGCUGGGCGCACAGCCGGGGCAGCGCGUGCAGUCGGGCAGCAAGGAGCGCAGUGCUUCAGAUGA